UGCGGUGUGUUAGGAGUCCGCAUUUCGCCUUGAGUCCACCAGGAUUGUGAAUUAUGUAUAGUACAUAUCUCUGUGUUGAAAAAUAUUUUAGUAUACUUGUCGCGUCUCCCACCAUCGGCAUUUUUGUCAGUCAAGUGAAUCGCUUUGUUUCAUAAACAACACACGGGCUUUUGACGCAAAACGCGAUCCGAGCGUGCGGUGAUUUAACAGUUUUCUAGUUCGAAAAACUUUUUUUUCCAUUUUGGGGGAUGUUGAUUAACUAGUGAAAUUACGCAAUUCGUCGCACUGCACGAAAAAGGGCCGACGAGGCAUGCGUUUUGACAGUUAUCUUGUUUUUCGAAACAUUACGGUUUAUCUUAAGGAGGAAGAGCAACUUGACAAUGAUCCAAGCAAAGUGGAGGGACCAUGAAGAUUGCGCGUUUCCUAGUGACACUUUGCGCUGUGCUUCAUGUGGCAAUGGGUAACAAACUGGCGGCUUCCUACGACUUGGAUGAGAUGACGGAUGAACCUCUGAUUGGCAACUAUCCAUCCGAUGAAUCGUGUGUUUUGGAUAGAGAUUCGGAGAGCGGUUGCCUUUGCAGGCAUUACCUGAAGGAGAAGUUUAUAACAUGUUACGAUCCGGACACAUGCAAACGUUUUCCGAGGAUCAGAUUCCCAACGUUCACGAUUCGCAUCUCGACGACAGCAAUCAAAACGUUGAAGGCGAAUGAUCUGCUCAAUAACACCCAAUUGACAAUGUUCAAGAUCGAAGGAAACGACCAGUUCUCGAGGAUAGAGCCAGGCGCGUUCAACGGAAUGUCCAAACUAGUCAACUUAUCAAUCACGCACAACAGGAACCUAGUUUCCCUCGAGAAAGGCGCUUUUGAUGGAUUAACCAAUCUCCACACCAUUCGCUUGAACAAGAACGGAUUCCUCAACUUGAAAACCUUCACCGUCUCAUUGAAUGCUAACAGCUUACCCAAGCUCACGCAUUUAAUAAUAACCCAAAUGCCCUUUGCGAACGUCAACCGAGACGACUUCGAGGAUCUCGUCAACACGACCAUCACAUCACUGAAUCUCUUCACCUGCCGCAUAUCCUACAUCCAUCCGGAGAGUUUAACGCCGUUCCGAAACUUGAAGACUUUGGGUUUAGGCGAAAACAAUUUGAACACUUCGAAUGUGAUUGAUGUGCUCAAAGUGAUCGUGCAAAAUAAGAUCCCGCUAGAUUAUCUCAGCUUAUUCAAUUUGGGAUUUAAAGAGUUACCAAGGAAUUUACUUGAGGUUAUUGGCAAAACUAAUAUCACGCAUCUGACGCUCACUAAGAAUAAGUUCGAGAUAAUCGAGCAAUUUCCAAAGAUGCCGAAAAUAACGAGGCUUGAUUUGAAUGAAGUGCUCGCUUUGAAUAUUGUGCCAAAUGCCUUCGAGUUUCUUCCCAAUCUGAAGAACCUAUAUCUGAGUAGAAACCUGUUUUCUGAAGUGCCGAAAGGUGCGAGAUUAGCGCAAUUGAAGAAUUUGGAUAUUUCCGUACUUAAAUAUAAUGGAUACUCGCCCAGUUACUUUUCGCUUUACGACAAGGCGUUUGUUAACAUGACGAAUUUGUCGGUAAUGAACCUCUCCGGGAAUAACAUCAGGAAACUCUCUAAAAACGUUUUUAUUGGAUUGAGCAAUUUGACCAUUAUGUCUCUGAAGAAUUCCUAUGUGUUCUUCAUCGAGAACUCAACCUUCGUGCCGUUGAGGAAUUUAAUUUAUCUGGACUUGUCGGACAAUCGUUUUGCUACACGUUAUUUCGAAAAAUACUUAUUCACAGGUUUGGAUAAGUUGGAAGUACUUCGAUUAGGUCACUGUAGUAUUGGAAACUUGCAGCUUCCUCAAGAUAUUUUCGAAAAUUUAAGAUCUCUUAAACAUCUCGGUUUGGAAAACAACGAUAUUAAAUCUCUUCCCUCGGAGAUCUUCGCUCCUUUGGUAAAUCUGGAAAUGUUGGAUCUGUCAAACAACAAUUUCAACUCGUGGGAUUUUCAGCUGUUUCCGAAGAACAACAAAAUCACCGAGUUCUACGUUUCCAAUAACAAGAUCAAGAACAUAACGAAGAGCAUGAUAUUGGAUUUCAAUAAGUUGCAGAUGAUCGAAUUAUCCAAGAAUCCCUUCGGUUGUUACUGCUCCGAUUUAGCGGCUUUGAACGAGGUCAUCGAACAGAACAAGAGAGUUGCUGGACUGCUAAAGCAGAACCAUCUGAAUUGCUCUUUCCCGCAGGAAUACGCAAAUUUGACUAUUCUGGAGUAUCUGGAACAUGUGAACAAUACUGAACAGUGUGUUAACGUCCUGGUAAAUAACGAUUACGUUCUGUUUAUUAUCAUGGGAUGUUUCCUCGUCAUGUUCGUGAUUAUAGUGAUGUAUUUGUUGCGCAAUUACUUUUACAAAUGUUACAUUGGCUGCCACAAGAGCCGUGACUUUAACAAGAACAAUGUACAUUUUGAGUACGACGCUUUCGUGUCGUACAGCAACGAGGAUCACGCGUUCGUCGACAAGUUGGUGAAGACUCUGGAGAACAAUUAUCCUCAUUACAGGCUGUGCGUGUACCAGAGAGACUUUCAGAUCGGAACGCUUAUAAUGGAGAGCAUCUCGUCCAGCAUCCAGAAGAGCAAGAAGAUGCUGCUAAUCGUGAGCGACGCUUACAUAAAAUCCGAGUGGUGCUUGUGGGAGGUGCAGGCAGCGCAGAAACAUUACCUUCAGCAAAAUUCCCUAGUUAUAGUUAAGCUCGGCGACGUUUCCAAGGAGAAGCUCAACGCCAGUCUUAGUCUAUUAAUGAAGACGCGAAUUUACCUCGAGUGGGACUACAAAGACAAGAAGAAGGAGUCAGUCUUCUUCCGUAAACUGCGCGACUUCCUAUCUGAGCCCGUAUCGAUCUUCACGAUCGACAGGAACUUACAAAUCUAAACCGUUGUGAUAUAUGAAAUGUGUAUUUUCAAUUCUCCUUAAUUUAAUUUUACUUUUUUCUAAUC